AUGUCAGCAUCUCAUUCAAAACAACAACAACAACAACAAACGACUCGCAUGGAAGCCAUCCACGAACGACUAUUACAACAUACGUUUCCAGACCAUUCAUCAGCGCUUGAUUAUUGUACAAGAAUCGCAGCCGGAUUUGGAUACAAUGUCAAGCAUGAUCAAUUUGGCAACAAGAGUCAUGUGCACGUGAUGGGGGAAGGAAACAUGACACGACUGGUACUUGAACAAGGACAAGGACAAGAGAAUGAACCAUGUUGGGUAUUUUCAAAGGAGGUUAAAGACGAUGUUGGUGAUGAUGACAUGGGAUGGCCACAAGAGGUACAAGAAAUGAUGAUACAACUGGUGAGACAGCGAUUACCAGCACAUGUGAUACGCCAGACCCUUCAACAACAAUUUCCAUCUUUGAUGAUCAACGACGCUGCGUUUUCUAGAAAGUUGGAUGAGGAACGUGCACGUGGUGUGCAGGAACGUAGUCAACGUUUACUGGUACUCUCAGCGCGUCUAUGUGCAGUGGUUGCUGCCAACGAGGAAUGGACACGUGCUGUAGAGCACAAUAUGGCCAAGAUGAUCGGCAGCUAUCGUCCAACGGCAACACCAGAGGUACUUGAUUCCUUGGCAACCCUUGGCACCGUCCAGUCUCCUCCCAUGGAUGCCUCUUCAAAAAAGAAGCAAAAGAAUGACUCUGCUCAUAAAGGAAUGCAACUCGUUCAAGUACCAGAAUAUACGCUCACCAUUCAAGAACAACAAGAUAUAAAUAUGGAUCAACAUCGCUUUGACCAUCCCAUGUUUGCACCACCACAGCAACAACAGCAACCCGUGGUACCACAUCAACAGCAACAACAACAACAAGUGGUAGCUGCUGCGGCAGCAGCGGCAUCCUAUGGCGGUAUAAUGCAAACACCACAACCAUCAUCCACUACGACAAUGCCUUUUGCUUUUGAAGAUGCUAUUAUGGCAGUUGAACGUCCUUCUUCCAAUACUGCAGCUGCUGCAGCAGCUGCUGCUGCUGCUGGUGCACAACCCUUUUUUUAUCCUCCCAGACAAAAUCCAUCCUCAGGUGAUCUGCUGCACCAUUAA